CAAAAGAGAGAGAGAGAAAUCAGUGAUCAUUCUUGUUUGCAAAUUACUUUUAGCAUUCAACAGAUUUCAGAAAUGGAGGUUGGCUUAGCAGUUGGUGGUGCAUUUAUCUCUUCAGCUUUGAAUGUUCUCUUUGAUAGGCUUGCACCUCAGGGUGAGCUGCUCAAUAUGUUUCAGAAGCGUAAGAAUGAUGUUCGUCUCUUAAAGAAGCUGAGAAUGACUUUGCUUGGUCUUCAAGCUGUGCUAAGUGAUGCAGAGAAUAAGCAGGCAUCAAAUCAAUCUGUUAGCCAGUGGCUUGAUGAGCUUCGACAUGCUGUGGACGGCGCUGAAAACAUGAUGGAAGAGGUCAAUUAUGAGGCUUUGAGACUUAAGGUUGAAGGUAAGCAUCAAAAUCUUGCAGAAACUGGCAACCAGCAAGUAAGUGACCUUAACCUGUGCUUGUUGGAAGACACUAUUGAAACAUUGAAGGAUUUGCAAGAGCAAAUUGGUGACCUUGGCUUAAAGGAGUAUUUUGGUUUGACGAAACAAGAAACUAGAACACCUUCAACUUCUUUGGUUGAUGAUUCUGAUAUCUUUGGUAGGCACAAGGAAAUAGAGGAUUUGAUUGUCCGUUUAUUGUCUGAAGAUGCAAAUGGAAAAAAUCUGGCUGUAGUUCCUAUCGUUGGAAUGGGCGGCGUGGGUAAGACAACACUUGCUAAAGCCGUUUACAAUGAUGAGAAGGUGAAGGACCAUUUUGGUUUGAAAGCUUGGUUUUGUGUUUCUGAGGCAUAUGAUGCUUUCAGAAUAACAAAAGGAUUACUUCAAGAAAUUGGCUCAAUUGACUUAACGGUUGAUUACAAUCUUGAUCAGUUACAAGUCAAAUUGAAGGAAAGCUUAAAGCUUGAUGACAAUCUUAAUCAGCUACAAGUCAAUUUGAAGGACAGAUUAAAGGGAAAGAAGUUUCUUAUUGUUCUUGAUGAUGUGUGGAAUGACAACUACAACGAGUGGGAUGACUUGAGAAAUCUUUUUGUACAAGGAGAUAUGGGAAGUAAGAUCAUUGUAACUACACGAAAGGAGAGUGUUGCUUUGAUGAUGGGUAGUGGAGCAAUCAACGUGGGAACUCUGUCUAGUGAAGUCUCUUGGGAUUUAUUCAAACGACAUUCACUAGAAAACAGGGAUCCUGAGGAACAUCCAGAAUUUGAAGAGGUUGGAAGAAAAAUUGCAGACAAGUGCAAAGGGUUGCCUUUAGCUCUAAAGUCACUUUCUGGUAUUUUACGCUGCAAAUCAGAGGUGUAUGAGUGGAUAGACAUUUUAAGAAGUGAAAUUUGGGAGCUUCCAAGUUGUUUGAAUGGUAUAUUACCAGCGUUGAUGUUGAGCUACAAUGAUCUUCCUGCACAUUUGAAGCAAUGUUUUGCUUAUUGUGCAAUAUAUCCCAAAGAUUAUCCAUUCUGCAAAGACCAAGUUAUUCACUUGUGGAUUGCUAAUGGUCUUGUACAACAGUUUCGUUCAGGUAAUCAAUACUUUCUUCAGUUGAGAUCAAGAUCACUAUUCGAAAUGGUUACAGCAUCUUCUGAAAGACACGUAGAGAAAUUCAUAAUGCAUGACCUUGUCAAUGAUUUAGCCCAAAUUGCAUCUUCAAAACUUUGUAUUAGGUUGGAAGAGAAUGAAGGAUCUCAUAUGUUGGAACAAAGUCAGCAUAUGUCCUAUUACAUGGGAGCAGAUGGUGAAUUUGAGAAAUUGAAACCACUCUCCAAAUCAGAGCCGCUGAGGACAUUGCUUCCAGUCAAUACGAAGAGAACGAAGUAUCUCAAUCAUCGUUACCCAUAUCAGCUAAGCAAGAGGGUGUUGCAUAACAUACUGCCAAGACUGACAUCCUUAAGGGCAUUAUCAUUGUCACGUUAUGAGAUUAAGGAGUUGCCAAAUGACUUGUUUAUCAAAUUAAAGCUCCUCAGAUUUUUGGACCUUUCUUGGACAAAGAUUGAAAAGUUGCCAGAUUCCAUUUGUGUAUUGUAUAACUUGGAGACACUUCUCUUGUCAUAUUGUUCUUAUCUUGAGGAGCUACCACUGCAGAUGGAGAAGUUAAUUAACUUGCAUCAUCUUGACAUAAGCAACACUUAUCGGUUGAAGAUGCCGCUACAUCUGAGCAAGUUGAAAAGUCUCCAUGUGCUAGUGGGAGCCAAGUUUCUUCUAGGCAGUCCUGGUGGAUUGAGCAUGGAAGAUUUGGGUGAACUGCAUAACUUGUAUGGAUCUAUAUCAAUUCUAGAGUUGCAAAAUGUGGUUGAUAGAAGGGAAGCUGUGAAGGCAAAGAUGAGGGAGAAGAAUCAUGUUGACAAAUUAUCUUUAGAGUGGAGUGAAAGUAGUACUGCUGACAAUUCACAAACUGAAAGAGACAUAGUUGAUGAGCUACGCCCGCACACAAACAUAAAAGAAGUCGAAAUCACCGGAUAUAGAGGGACAAAAUUUCCAAAUUGGCUAGAUGAUCAUUCGUUUCUUAAGCUGGUGGAAUUGUCUCUUAGCUACUGCAAGGACUGUUAUUCUUUGCCAGAACUAGGAGAACUCCCUUGUUUGAAAUUCCUUUCCAUUAGAGGGAUGCAUGGAAUAACAGAGGUGACGGAAGAAUUCUAUGGCAGUUCAGCCUCCAAAAAGCCUUUUAACUCUCUUGAGAAGCUUAAAUUUGAAGAUAUGCCAGAGUGGAAGCAAUGUCACAUACUAGGAAGUGGUGAGUUCCCUAAACUUGAGACGCUUUCAAUUGAAAAUUGUCCGGAGUUGAUGGGGAAGUUGCCUGAACAUCUUUGUUCUCUGAAAGAAUUGAGAAUUUCAGAAUGUCCUGAACUCAAUUUGGAUACAUCCCAACUUGAGGGAAUGAAGCAGAUUGUUGAAUUAGAUAUUGUUGGUUGUAACUCUCUUACCCCCUUACAUUUUACCAUACUACCCAGUACCUUGAAGAGAAUGACAAUAUCUUGUAUAGAUGAUAUAUCACCUGAGUUGCUCCCAAGAGCACGCGAAUUGACAGUUUCAUGUUGCCCCAACCUUACUAGGUUUAUGAUUCCUACUGCCCCUGAAAGGCUCUCUUUGGUGAGUUGUCGGAAUCUUGAAAAACUUUUGGUGCCAUGUGGGGGGACCCAGAUAACGUAUUUGAAUAUUUGGGACUGUUCGAAGCUGAAGUGGCUGCCAGAACAUAUGCAGGAACUCCUUCCAUCUCUUAAGAAACUGGAACUCUGGUAUUGUUCAGAAAUAGAGUCCUUUCCUGAAGGAGGACUGCCUUUCAAUUUACAACAACUUGUGAUCAUUAAUUGCACGAAACUAUUGAAUGGACGAAAGGAGUGGCUUUUACCGAGACUCGUAGAGUUAGUGAUCCAAAAUGAUGGCAGUGACGAAAAGAUGGAACAUUGGGAGUUGCCUUCCUCUAUUACAACUCUUAGCAUACACAGUCUGAAAACGUUAAGCAGCCAGGAUCUCAAAAGCCUCACCUCUCUUCAAUAUCUAUCUACUGCUUAUUUACCUCAAAUUCAGUCAAUGUUGGAAGAAGGGCGGCUUCCCUCCUCUCUUUCUGAGCUACAUUUAAGUUACCAUGAUGAACUCCACUCACUACAUCUUUGGCACCUCACUUCUCUUCAAAGUCUACACAUCUAUGGUUGCCCUAAUCUCCAAUCACUUUCUGAAUCAGCACUGCCCUCCUCCCUCUCUGAGCUGGCCAUCUAUGAUUGCCCUAAUCUCCAAUUUCUUCCAGUAAAAGGGAUACCCUCUUCCCUCACUAAACUAACUAUUUUCCGCUGCCCAUUGCUCACACCACUACUAGAAUUUGGAAAGGGGAAAUACUGGCUAAAUAUUGCUCAAAUUCCCAUCAUAUAUAUUGAUCAUAUAUACAUGUAA